AUGUGGUAUCCGGUCGAAGAACGCUCGGUCCGCAUCGCCGUUGUUCUGGCUUCAGCGACCGCUUCCGGAGCCUUUGGCGGCUGUAUUGCGUACGGGGUCGGUCAUCUCAAUGGCAACGCUGGACUCGAAGGUUUCCGCUGGCUGUUCAUCAUCGAAGGACUCAUCACUGUGGCCUCGGUGGCGCUGGUCAUCUUCUUCCUGCCUGACUAUCCUGCUCGAGCGAAAUUCUUGAGCGAGGACGACAAGGCGUAUGUGGAAGGCCGGAUCGCAGUGAAAGGUGGUGGUUAUACGAAAGAACACGCUACGAAGCACGAAGUCUGGGAAACUGUCUGCUCUCCUCGCAUGCUCCUCCACUACCUAGCCUACCUAACCGACUGCGUCCCCCUCGGCUCCCUCACCUUCUUCACCCCCACCAUCGUGACCGGCUUGGGCUUCGACAGCAUCAAAGCCCAACUCAUGACCGUUCCGCCCUGGGUGCUCGGCUACUUCGUCUCCCUCUUCCUCGGCUGGUCUGCGGACCGCCACAACGCCCGCGGGCUGCACAUCUUCAUCUCCUCCAUGCUUGGAGGCAUUGGAUGGGUCGUUGCUGGGUCUUUGCCAGAAGAUGCAUAUGCGCAGAGGUACGGGAUGUUGUUUCUGUGCGCUUGUGGGGCGUUUCCGAGCUCGGGGCCGCUGAGUGCGUGGGUGACGUGCAAUGUGCCGGCGUUUACUACUAUGGCUAUCGCUACUGCUAGUGAAGAGGGAGUCAGGCGGCUUGCUGACGAUGAGGUGACAGUGAACAACAGCAUGGCAGGCGUAAGCCAGAUUAUCGCCCAGUGGAUCUGGCGACCGAGCGAGGCAGAAACUGGAUAUCCUACUGGCAAUUACGUUUGCGCAGCUUGCUCCUUCGCUACUGGACUGAUCGCGUUGACGUUGAGGUGGAACUACGGACGGAUGAACAAGGUGGGAACCAAAGACGCACGUGGCAAAGACCGAAUCUGGCUGCUCUAA